AUAACCCGCCGAUCUAUCGGCCAAAUCGCCGGAACCUAAGAAUUCUCUACCGAUUUUACCCUCUUUUCUCUCUCUAAGAAUUCCCCUCCUUUCUCUCUCUAUCUCCUCUGUUUCUUCCUCCAUAAAAAUCCAGCAAAAAAAUCAACUGUUCCAAUAAAAUCCAACUAUAAAAUAAAUAAAUAAAUAAAUAAUGGGUUAACUUAAAGCAAAUAGCUCCAUUAAAAUUAAAGCAGAAACAAAAAGAAAGGAAAAAAAAAGGAGAGAAAACCCUAGAUUUAGGGGAGAUAGGGUCAUUAUCGUCAUUUCACGCUAUGAAUCGGCGAUAACGGGAGCGGUUCAUAUCAACGGCAAAAUAAGAGAAGAAAAGAGAUGUACAGAGGAGAGAGAGCCGCCGGUGGUUCCAAAGGGGAGGUAGGUUCGGUGGAUCGGAAACGGAUCAACGAAGCGCUUGAUAAGCAACUGGAACGAUCGUCGCCGUCAACAUCGAGAGCAAUCAACGGCAAGGAUAAGUCAUUGCAGUCCCUUCAAAUGGGGAAGCAUCCACCUGAUCAUUACCGUGACUCUUGUUCUGCUUCUCUACCUAAACCGAACGCCUCCGGUGAUGAAUCUGAAACUGACAGUGAAGAGUCGGAUGUUAGUGGUUCCGACGGGGAUGACACAUCUUGGAUCUCAUGGUUUUGCAAUCUACGUGGAAAUGAAUUCUUUUGCGAAGUUGAUGAUGACUACAUACAAGACGAUUUUAACCUUUGUGGGCUAAGUAGCCAAGUUCCUUACUAUGAUUAUGCUCUUGAUUUGAUUUUGGAUGUUGAAUCUUCUCACGGAGAUAUGUUUACGGAGGAGCAAAACGAAUUAGUUGAAUCUGCGGCAGAGAUGCUUUAUGGUCUGAUUCAUUCUCGAUACAUAUUGACAGGCAAAGGGAUUGCCGCUAUGCUAGACAAGUACAAGAACUACGAUUUUGGAAGAUGCCCUAGAGUUUACUGCUGCGGACAACCAUGUCUUCCAGUCGGUCAAUCGGAUAUUCCUCGAUCAAGCACCGUAAAAAUAUACUGCCCUCGAUGCGAAGAUAUCUUCUACCCACGCUCCAAGUACCAAGGCAACACCGACGGUGCCUAUUUCGGGACAACAUUUCCAAACCUGUUCUUGAUGACAUACCAACACCUGAAGCCACAAAAGGCAUCUCAAAGCUACGUACCAAGAGUAUUCGGGUUCAAGAUCCACAAACCGUGAUAUAAUGUCAGGAAUUAAAGCUCUAUUUUGGGGCAAAAAUUGUUCUUCAUCAGUUGUAUUGCCAAUUGCCCUAAUCAUCUAUUUUGGAAGCAGUGCUUUUGAAUGAGAUGAGGUAUAGUUCUGCGGUCUUUCAGGUAAUCAUAUCAUGUUUUUAGGUCCUUUUUUUUCAUGUUUUUUUUUAAACGAAUUACUAUAUAUUUCAAUUGUUAAAUUUUCAAUUUCUUCA